GAAACUGUCACGUGUAUGACAUUGACGUGAAGGGCGGCACUGCUUGUGCGUUUCUAGGUUAACUUUAGUUGUGCGUCUUUUUUGUACCAGUGUGGCUGGAGAGCUUGGAAGGUCAAGAUGCCUAACGACGAUGGUGCAGUGCAUCCCAGGAAUAUUAUGAAAGUCAGAACUCCACGCUCUGCCAAGAAAUUAGCCGAAAAGAAGAUACUGAGCAGUGUUGGAGAGGAACCCAAACGGAGCAGAAUUCGGUCUAGGCUCUUGGAAGAAUCGGAGGAGGAGGUUUCCGUCGAUGAGAAACCCAAAGGGACCUCCGUGGAUGUUGCAGAAUCAUCUGAAGAUCUGACAGCCAUGCAUGUGUUUGGGUUUCGCAAGGCUUCCUCCAGGGCUGAGAAGGAAAUGCCUUCUGGCAUUACUCCCAGCCCUGGGAAAUUGAAAGACAAGUCAAAGAAAUCCCCAAACAUUAUCCAGGAAGAGGAGACUUUGCAGAAUGGAGACCCCAUUGGCCCUGAUAUGGAUAAUGGUGGUUCUCUAGAUUCUGUAGAUCCAGCUUCUUCUGUCACACCCAAAGCCAAGAGAAGUCAUAGAUUGUGUGCUUCUGGGCAUACUAGGUCAACAAAAAAAGUUUCAAACACAACUCCAAGAGCUGCCAAGAGUAAUGCUCAAGUUGCCUUGGGAAAAUUCUUUGAGGAGAUGGAGGCUGGAGACAACAUCUACAGUUGUUCUUCAUUAUCCUCAAAAUCUCCUGAAACUCCGACAUCUUCUAAGAAAAGCAAGAAACUUGAGGCAGAGUUGGCAGAAGGAACAACACGACAGAGUUCGAGAAAGAGCAGGCAUGUUGCUCCUUCGGUAACGCCAACAACUAAGAGUGGCCAUAAACUGGAAUUUGAAACCCUACAGGAAACUCCAAAGAGUUCUAAAUCCAAAGGAAAAGAAACUUCAAGGAGUACAAAGUCUCUCAGGAAAGCCUCUGCUACUCCAAGUGCUGCCAAGAAUAAUGCCCGUAUUGAUUUGCAAAAGAUGUGGCCGGAUAUAGACAAGGAAGACAGUGGCAGUGAUUCUUCCAAUGCCCCCCAAAAACAAAGAUCUACCAAGAAAAAGAAGACACUGGAAGAAGGGUCAGCAGUUAGGAGGACACAGCAGAGUUCAAAGAAGAUCUCUUUCAAAGAAGAGGAGGUAAAUGCAUCUCCUCCCACGACACCCACGACCAAGAGAAGCCGCAAAUUGGGAUCUGAAACCCCCAAGAGUUCUCAGACUAAAGGAGUCAGGACUCCGAGAAAUACUAAGUCAGCCAAGAAAGCAUCAGUCACUGCAACUCCAAGGGCUGUCAAGAGGGAAACCCAGAUAGCAUUGGAAAAGAUGAUGGAGGAGAUGGACUCUGAAGACAGUGACUAUUCUCCUUCCUCAUCCUCUGAGGCUUCUGAACCUGAUGAAGUGCAUCCCAAGCAUCAGCCUAUUCUUACCUCAAAAACUAUUCUUCGUUCCAGACAAAAGCUUUUUGUCAGAGCUGUGGAAAAUGCUGAUGAGUACUUUGAAGCGCAAGGUUCUCGCACCUUGACUUCGGACCACACGCUUGGAAAAGUGAAUCUGUCUGACAUCUCCAUGGAUUCCAUGCAGAAACACGUCCGUGAGGGACAGAAGCAUCAUGAGUCAGAACUGAAUGACAUCAUGGCUGAGCUGCAGCUCUCCUUCCCCAAGUGGAUGUUUUGCCUCAGUCAGAACUUCAACAUCUUGCUUCAUGGCUUGGGAUCCAAGCGUGGCUUACUGAAUCUGUUUAGGAAAGAAUGUCUAUCAGAGGAAACACAUGUUGUCAUCAAUGGCUAUUUCCCAGCACUCACCCUGCAACAUAUCUUGAGCACAGUGAUUGAAGGUGCAUUUGGUACUCAAGUUCCUCAGACAUCUGUGCAAGAUCAACUGGACUUCAUCAUUGAGGCAUCUGAAGCAGAAACACUUUACCUGGUGAUUAACAAUAUUGAUGGCAGCACACUUCGCAGUGAGAAGACACAGAGGGCACUAGCUUUCCUGGCAGCUGCCCGUAACAUUCAUAUCAUAGCAUCAGUAGAUCACAUUAAUACAGCCUUGUUGUGGGACCAGAGGAUGCAAGCACAAUUCAACUGGCUGUGGAUUGAUGCAACCACAUUCCAGCCUUACUUCAAGGAGACAGCAUUCGAGAAUCAGCUCCUGUCAAAGACAACAGGAGCCUUGGCGUUGUCCUCCUUGCGUCAUGUUUUCCAUUCCCUUACCCCCAAUGCUCAGGGAAUCUUCAUACUCCUCCUCAAGAAUCGGCUCGAUCACACCGAUGAUCCCACAUUUGGCGGUAUCAUCCUCUUGGCUCCCUUUUCUUUGACUGUAGGUUAUUGUCUCAAGAGAUGCCAGUUUGGAGGAGGGGAUAGAAAUGUGAUGAGAAAGGCAAAGAAGCGGAUUGGAGUGGCUAUUGGGGAGCACAUUCUAGAUCUUUCUGUUGUGUCACACCUCUUCAUUGGAGAACACCUGAAGGCCAAUCGGCAUGUUUUCCUUGAGGACUCCCUGAAUCACUUCAUGGCUCUUGGUAGCAAGGCUUGGAAAGAAGCUCGAGCACGCAUUCAAGAAAUGCUGGACCAGAAUUCCCCACUCAUUCAGGAUGAUGAGAAUCUCAGCAACAAGGCUCUGGUGAAACAAUCAGAUGCAAUUAUGCAUCUCCCAGCUCACAUUGGAGAUUACACAGACUUCUAUUCUUCCAUCUAUCAUGCCACAAACCUGGGGACCAUGUUUCGGGGAAAGGAUAAUGCUCUCAUGCCCAACUGGAAGUACAUUCCGGUGGGGUAUCAUGGGCGCUCGAGCUCAGUUGUGGUGUCUGGCACGGGUAUCCAUCGUCCCAAUGGGCAGAUGCGUCCCAAGGAUGAGGAGCCACCGACAUUUGGACCCUGCAAGCUCAUGGACUUUGAACUGGAGACUGCCUUCUUUGUGGGUAAAGCAUCAAAACUUGGGACUCCCAUUCCAAUGCAGGAGGCAGAAGAACACAUUUUUGGCAUGGUCCUCAUGAAUGACUGGAGUGCACGAGACAUUCAGAAGUGGGAGUAUGUGCCAUUGGGUCCAUUCCUGGCAAAGAACCUGGGAACAACCAUAUCCCCUUGGAUAGUGACCAUGGAUGCCCUGAAGCCAUUCCUUGUGAACGACUUCCCUCAGGACCCUAAACCCUUCCCAUACCUCCAGCAACCCUCUCCAUAUUCCUUCAAUAUCAGUCUUGAGGUGGCCAUCCAACCGGAAGGCAGCAACGAGAAAACAGUGGUGAGUCGCUCAAAUGCUCGCUACUUGUACUGGACCAUGAAACAGCAGCUGGUGCAUCAUACCAUCACUGGUUGCAAUGUGAAUCCUGGGGACCUCAUGGCUUCUGGCACCAUUUCUGGCCCAGUUACUGUCAGGGUGAAGGCUAUCGUGUUGGAUUUGGAGAGUGUUCCGGGAAGAUUCUGCCUGCCUUGAAAAUGUGAAGCCUUCAACUUGUAUUCCAUUGUCUGAUCAUUCCUGAUUGUUAUAUUUGUGAGAAUGAUUUCCUGGAAAUAUGUUUGAUAUGCUUUUCUACUGCUUUUUGAAUAACAGCUUAGCUGUGCUCUAUUUUUCUCUUGGGUAUUCAUAUUUUUACUUUUGUAUUGUUUUUGUAUUGUGGCAUUAUCAAAACUGUGCAAUAUGAGAGCUUCCAUCAGUGUUUUCACAUCAUGUGCUUUGGCUUUUGUGCAAUAUAACCUGCUGGAUUUCUAUUGAUACUUCAUGAAAUAAAUUGUACAGGG